AGUUUGUGCAUGGCUGAAUAGCCAGCCCCUUGGCUCAGUACACUAGGAUCUGCCAUGGGGCCCCUGCGCAGACGGCAACUAAAAGCAACGAACGCUGAUCUGGUCUGAGCGUGAGAGGUGACGGAAACGGUAGAGCCGCAGCCAUGUACCACGUUUUUGGGCGCGAUCCCUGGGGUCAAUCGGCGAGCGCGGCGCUAUGGCGCAUGCUGGGGUGGAUGCCGUCCUGAUUGCUGGCUAGGAUACCAAGUGACGCUCGGUAUAUAACACUUGAGCGCCCUAGCCUUUUGGUUCAGUCCAACUCAAAGUCCAACAGAGCAGCAACUACCAGCCUUACAUCAAGACCAUCGACCUCCAAUACAAACAAAAGCACCCAUUGGAACAUUCUAUCACCAUCAGCCAACAUGUAUCAAAACCUUGGACGCACACCCAACUGGGACACUUGCUUCAACCAAGUCCAACUCACCGAGGAGAACCUGCGAACACACACCGCUACACACAAGAAGGUUGACAGCGCUUGUCAAAUGGAUGACCAACUCUACUACCGAUACGAUGGCGACUUUGCUGAAUCAGACGACGGCAAUGUGGAAACCCAACGAGAGACCAUCGCCUUGAGGAGAGCCGCAUCACUGGAGGUGUUGAAGGCGUACGGUGGAUGCUUCGCUUCCGGCUUCCUCGCUCUUCAAGAACCACUUCCAUCGCGACCAAAAUCGAAGCUCAGGUCAUACGAGAGCGCGUACAGUGUCGACAUGUCAAGAACAGCCUCAAACGCCACAUCACUCGAGACGGCCUCAUCCAGCUGGAGCAGCAACAUCGACACACCACGACCAGAUUCGUCUACAUUGGGCGUACCCGUACAAGACAUGGAGAAGGCAUCAAAGUGGAGCUGGAGAAGCAUGAGGAGGAGCCGAAAGCAAGCAGUGAAGAAGCUCGAAGUCUGAAAAAAGUUAUCAAUCACGACUGACCAGAUGGUCUUUGCAUUUUCUUUGUCUGUUUGCGUGUUAGCGAAGGCGUUGGGGUUUACGGAUACC